AUGUCCAACUCAAGAAGGAUCAGUCACCCUAUGUACUCGAUGGGCCCUUUUGACAUCAUCGAACUGGGGCCGACCACCUUGAAAGACCAUAACAACUUCGGUCAAUUUAAUUACCGAUCAUCUGUUGUUUUAGAAGAAAAAACUACCGGAAAGCAUUACAACCACGAGAUAUUGCUAUCUGGCUACGGGUCGAGAUCAACUGCCCCAAUCAGGGACAGGGUUUACAUUCUUGGAGGCCGCUUUGUCAAGAACCCCGAGGAACCAAAGAAUGAAGCUGACGACAAAGCCGAGUGUACUGGCUACACUUUUUUCUACGACCAAGCCCUUACCCUGUGUAUUGGUCGGACUGAACAGUAUCGCACCAAAGUUGCUUCCUUGCUGAUGAGUAAGGUCGGUGUAUUCGGGUUUGGCGUGAUAACUAACCGCCAGGAAGUAAAGGUCGACGGUCCAAACAAUUCAGUUCAAAAUGAUCUUCAUGUUUCUGUGAAGCACACUGAUUAUCACACUGCGUCCAAGGAAGUCAUGGAGUUCCAAGCAAACUACAUUGUUCACGGCAAUAGACUCUUGGGUCACACGUUCAACUUAUUUCAAGUUGGACGCGAAGCACUGAUCGUUGGUUACAUCAGUGGCCAUGAUGAUGAUGCUGAGGUGUGGCAAGUCACGGUUUUGUUGGUAUCGAUAUCUGCGGGAGGCCAAACCACCACUGUGAACUUGAUGUCAACUCCUUCGGCCUCUGACUCGGGCCAACAACCUCUACCGAACCUUAAGCGAAUUGGAGCACGCAAGAAUUCUACUCCUGCAAACAAAAAUCCUGCAAUCUCAUUUCAAGUGGGACCUACUCCGGAAAAUCAGAAAGGAAAGCAAAGGGCCAACAGUCCCCAUUCGGUCUUUCCCAUCCCUUCAACCUCUUCUGCGGUACAUCCAUCCCCAAAGCCAGACAACGAGGAUGAAAGCGAAGAAGGCGAAUGCUCGGACGACGAUAAUGAUGAUCACUUCACUAAUACGUACCCAACAAAUGAAAAAAAUAACAAGCGACAAGGAGGUCCCGGGCCUAAUUCUCCAUCCAGGUCUGGAAUCCUUGCCGAGGCGCAGAAGAAGCUCAAGGGCCGUGCUUAG